AUUGUAUAGUUAUUGUGUUCAUCAUGUUCGAAUUAGGUUUCAGUUGCAUUAUAAUUUGGUAUGUGUCAUUCUUCUAUUUGCAGCUUUGAUAAAAGCCAAAAGGGACAGUUUGAGAACAAAAAUGAAAGUAUGUUCAGUUGGGGAAGGCCGAACUACGUUUCAAAUCUAUCAAGAACUAAAGGGAGUAUCUAAAGGAAAUCGUGAUUCAGAGAUGAGAUCAGUCAAGCGUCCGCAUGUCACAGAAGUUCCCUUGAAAGAAGAAGACCAGAAAAGUUGGCUCGAGUUUAAAAGGCUCGACAAGGGGAGGCCUGGAGUUGUACUUGCCCGAUACCGUGGGGAAAGGAAUAUGGCCACUUGAACUUGAUCAUCCCUUUGUCUCUGUUAUUCGUGACUUUGCCGUUUCUGCCUUCAACAAGAUCAUUGAGGCGUAUGUUAAGAAGGACAACAACAAAAACCUCCGUUUUGCUGAGGUUAUGGAUUGCAAAUACGUGACUAUGGAGCUCUGUACCCCUGCGCAUUUCUUUUUCAUGGACAUAGAGGCCAUUGAAGAAGGCAUUGUCAGUGUUUACAGAACCAUGGUAGUAUGCUAUGCUCUUGAUGGUAGGAUGACUUUGGUCAGUUUCCGUCUUACCAACCAUAAACCGACAGGUAAGAUAGCUUUGAAGUUGUCUCGCUUGAAUUUCCUAAAAUAUAGGUACAAGAACAUGAAAGCUGUGAAAGAAGACUUAGAGAUCAAGUUGGAAAAAACACACAAAUUGUUACAAGGUAAAAAGAAGAAAGGCAAAGUGGUGGCAGAGUUGAUAUAUCUGGAAAAACAGUACAAGUCUAUCAAAGGUAUAUGCAACAUGCUUUAUAGGCAGAUUCGGUUGCAAACACCAAAAGCUUGGAAAGAAAGGAGUACCCCAGAUGGUUGGUCUAAUCCUAGGAGUACUGAGCUCUAUUGGAGAGGCUAUCAUGAUAAGAUCAGCUGCCAGGGUUAUGACUUCAGAAGUAACUUUAAGCAUUAUGCAUGGCUUUGACUUUAAGGGUUUAGCGUUUGGUGUAUGUUACAAGUAGAAGGCUGGAGACUUAUUUAAAUGCUUUACAAUACUAUGAAGAUGUUAUCACUUGCAAGGGUUAUGGCUGCAACACUACCUUUAAUUGUAAGUUGCUUUAAGGGUUAUGGCUUUCUCUGACUUUAAGGGUGUUGCGUUUGGUGUAUGUUACAAUUUGAAGGCUAUUUAUAUGUUGGAUAAAUGGUGUUGCUUUCUUUCCUCAUUAUAAUAUUCCAUAAUUACCUGUUUUAACAUCUAAAA